GAUAAUAUUUUUUUAAACAGAAUUUCGGAUUUAUUUUGUCAAUAAAAAAAAAAUUUACAUUUUGAAACAAUUUCGAAAGUAUUGCGUCUUAUUCAACAAACACUUGUUGACAUUCGUUGUCUUCCAAACAAAGGUUUGUAUUACUGUAGACUGCGGAAGAGAGAUUCUAAAAAAUUUAUUUAAAUUUCUAAAAGUUGAGAUAAAUAAGUGGAAAAAAAUCUUUAGAAAAUGGCUAUUGAUGCAAUCAGCUAUAUAUAUGCAGCGACUGUAGCUGCCGGAGGCAUAAUUGGUUACGUGAAAGCAGGUUCAAUACCGUCACUCGGUGCUGGACUCGCAUUUGGUGCCAUUUUGGGUUAUGGAGCACAUUUGAAUUCUCAAUCGCCGCCCAAGCCACUAUUUCAAUUAGGAGCUUCAUUGACAUUAGCGGGGUUGAUGUAUUUACGCUGGUCGAAAAGUGGAAAGCUAAUGCCAGCUGGGGUAAUUUGCCUAUUAUCUGCUGCUUCAUUUGUGCGCAACGUAGUUGUUUACAAUCAACAACUUCCGCUACCAGGACGAAGCCAAUGGUAGACGAAAUUAAAUACAUUCUUUGUAAAACGUUAGAAAACGAAAAAUAAAAUCUAAAUUGUGGGAAAGGAAAAAAUUUCAAUUAUCAUCUAUCAAUGAAUAUUU